AUGGCUAUCAUCCCUAUCCCCGAAGGCUACGUGCCCGUCUUCGCCUUCAGCUUGUGCCCGCCUUCGGGGAUUUAUUUCCAGCUGGCCGUCUUCCUAUUCGACAUGGUGAACGACCUCCUCCAGAUCGGCACCUUUCUCCUGCACGGAGACUGGUGGUUUGGAGCCUUCAUAGCCUUCUUCGUGCUCCUCAGCUCUCUGCUCACGGUCGCGUUCAUGACAGAAGAGAGCAGCCUGAAGCGGUUCGAUCCCCUGGGCGAAGCCCGGCUCUGCUUGGCUCGCGGAGUGCCGACCAAGGCUUGGGAGGGGAUGCUCGGGGCGGAGCGACUCGCCGAAGCCCCGAGCACGGGGCUCAUCGGCCCUUACGGCGCGUCCCUGCUCCAGCUGACACCGCUGCAGGCAGCCAGCUGCCUUUAUGGGCUAUACAGCUCCGCCAAGGCCAUGGCCGAGGGCAAACUGCAGGAAGAGGUAAAACGUGGCGCGGAUGCAGAAGUGUAUGCACUGAAAGCCGUUCGUCCCUUCAAGACCGCUAUGUGCUCCGUCUGGUACGGGGCCGCCUAUGCUGCGGAGCUGGCGGCAUUUGCAGUGGCGAGCGCCGUCUUGCACCCGCUCGUCACGAUGCCGGGGUACCUCCUCGGGGCAGUGGCGAACGGCGCAGCAGCCUGGUUUGCUGGAUCGCCGGAGUUUCUCGAAGAAGCUAUUUUCUCUUGCCUCGGGGUUGGCUUGGCCAUGGCAGGUCUCCAGACGAACAUUUUCUUCAAGCCCAAAGCAACAGCACCGGGGGGAGCAAAGGGCCCCGGAUGGAUUCCAGCGCUUUGCAUCUUUGUCCGCUUCAUAGCCUGGACGGCCCUUUGCUUCCUGGAUCUCCCACGCGGCCUUGUUUCCCUGGGGUCGCUGUCGCGCCCCAUGGGCCUCCCGGUGCUCCGGGCAAAAUUCCUGGAGCCGGCCGCGGCUUGUUUUGAGGCUAUUGCCUGUUUCACAUCUCAUUUCUG